AUGAAGGAGAAUAGCGUGAAAGAAGCAAGAGCCGCGGGGAUUAAAGGCGGCGAGUUUGGCAAGCAGAGGUGUCGGUUCUGUUUUCGACGCCACGGAGGAGCAGCAGUCUACGCAACUGGUACAUUGUCGGCUUCGUCCGUACCUCGCUACCGCCUUUCUCCACCUCCUCAUCGUUGUCUCAUUUGUUGGCGCCGUCGGUGGGGAAGUCAACUACAAGCCAUGGUGUACACUUGGCGAACCAGGCCACACUUCUCCUCUCAACGAUCAGAGUCUCAUCCCAAUUACGUGUUAAUGCCUACUCCGCGGAACGGAGAUGAUCACGAUGGUGAUCAGGAGCAUGAGAACCAUCCCCAUGUCGAGGGUAACCCUGAGAACUUGGUCACCAAAAAGGACCUGGAGCAUAUGGCUGCUCAACUCAAUAAGGCUAUCCGCAACCUCCAAGGAAUGAGAGAGGGACCUUCGAAGAAACAGCCAAACCGCCCUAUCAGCUCACGGGUGAGCACAACAUCCCACACCAUCCACAGGGCACAACCUCGAAGUGUGAUGGAAAGGCUAGGUGAGAGGGGUGGGGCACAACCUCGCCCUCACCGACCAAGGGCCAGCCAAGAUGCACGCUCGGUGAUUGAAGAGCAACAGUUGCACAUAGGAGACCUUGAUGCUCGAGACCUCUUGCACAUGAGGCACCUCGAACAAGCCAAAGAGGCCAUCAGGAAUGAUAGGAUCACCCGAGGUCUACCCCCCUCUAGUGCUAAGACCACUGCCUCCGCACGAGACCACCCUACUCCAUCAAGGCAAGUCGAUCCAAUCGAAGUCAGCUCCCGCAGGACAUUUCCCAGGAGGCACUCACCUUCUCCCAUAAGGAGAUGUCACUCACCCUCCAGCCGGAUCAGAGGUCAUUCUCCCCGGACAAGGGCUUCACCCCCCGAUCAAAAACCAAGGUCUCAUUCAUCUCUUCAUCGCCCAAGGUACCGUUCACCCUCAAGAACGACAAGGAGCCCGCCACGCCGUGAGAGAACAUACUCUCCCCUCCGAGAGAGUAAGGUUAGACAUACCUCCCCAAGAGGAAGAUGGGGCUCCCCUCCACCAAGAAAUGAUAGGCGCAAGUACACUUCAUCAUUAUAA